AUGGAUCUCGUUCUCGAGAUUGCAGACACGUACGCCCUCGACAAGGUGUGGGCUACGCUUUGGCCUGCCUUGCCACGCUCCGUUGCACACAACGCCUCUGCUUUGGCAUCACUCGCGGACGCAUCCGCCACCUCGAGCGCUAAUCUCACCUCCCUGCUCGGACUCUCGACCGAGGCAGCAACGUGGGCUGCUUCUGCUAGCUCGUCGGCGCUAUCGCCAUCGCACUGGUUCGAAAAUACGGUGCUCAAGCAGGCCGUCUCCUCUUCGUUAAGCGGCAACAAGGUCAACUGGUCGGCACUUGGCCACGUCUCGGCGCUACCGAGGGACAAUCUCGUCCGUCAGACGAUCUCGCUCCAUGUGCUCACCUACCUCGGCAUUCUUGUGCUCUACUUUACUUUUGCUGGUCUGUCGUACAAGUACAUCUUCAACAAGGAGAUGCAGAAGCAUCCGCGUUACCUGAAAAAUCAGGUGCGGCUCGAGAUCGAAUCUUCGAUGCGCGCCUUCCUGCCGCUCGUUGUGAUGACAGUGCCUUGGUUCGUGCUCGAAGUUCGUGGCCACAGCAAGCUCUACAACAACAUUUCGGAUCACGGCUGGGAAUACGCCGUGUUGUCGGUGCCUCUGUUCCUGGUGUUUACCGAUUUCCUUAUCUACUGGGUGCACAGGAUCGAGCACCAUCCACGUCUGUACAAGCACAUCCAUAAGCCCCACCACAAGUGGAUUGUCCCCACUCCUUUCGCCAGCCAUGCGUUCCAUCCUCUCGAUGGCUAUGUGCAGUCACUGCCCUACCACGUCUUCCCGUUUGUCUUUCCUCUGCAUCGCGUCGUGUCCAUUUGCCUAUUCGUGUUUGUCAACCUCUGGUCGAUUCUGAUCCAUGACUCAGACAUGAUCUGCGACUCGGUGCUGGAAAAGCUCAUCAACGGGCCAUCGCAUCAUACGCUGCAUCACAUGUUUUUCACAUGCAACUACGGCCAGUACUUUACACUGUGCGAUCGUGCAGGUGGCUCGUAUCGUGCACCGAGGCGCGAGGACGAUCCUUUGCUCGCCGUCAACGCAGCCGAGCUCAAGAAGGCUGCGAACAAAAAGGCCGCAGCCAAGGCGGCACACGUUGCAUCCUCCGAAUCUGACGCCUCCAGUAGCGGCGAUGAAGGUGUCGUCAUCAAGAAGCUGUCUAGGAAGAACAAGUAA